CACAUGUGCACUGCACUGUCCUUCUGGGCACUGAUGGGAACUCGGCGGCCAAUAAGAGCAGGGCAGCUCGAAACACAUCUAAGAGUAAAAUAAUUUAAUGAAGUACCUCCAACGUGAAUCUGCCGAAGGACAGGUGUAGGUAUCAGACUACACAGACUUACUGUAACUCAAUACAAACUGCAGUAACUGGGGCGCUUUUCCGGCGGCAGGCAAUCUGUCCAUUUUACUCGGAGGGACGUUGCUCAUUAGAAAAGUAUCAAAGCUGGCUGACACGAUUUAAAAAGAAGCAGUCCGCAGCGUCAGCAGUAAUGCCACUGGCGCCUUUAGUCGUUUUUAUUCUGAUGGCAUUACCAGCGGUGACUCGGGGUGGCCAGGAAUCAUGCCCUGCGAUCUGUGACUGCUCAGAAUGGGAGGCUCACACAAUCACCUGCUUUGAUUUAGACGGAAUACCUAGAUUUCCUACAAACACCGAGACACUGUGGUUGCUGGAAACCCGACUGCUCAAGGUUCCGAGCAAUGCUUUUGCAAACCUGGUAAACAUUUCUAGAAUAUCUAUAUCUGUGGAUGUGACCCUGAGCAGGCUGGAGAAACAUGCAUUUUUUAGCCUAAUGAAAAUAACUCACAUAGAAAUCCGCAAUGCAAGGAGGCUGUCAUACAUCGAUCCUGAAGCUUUUAAGGACCUACCAAAUUUGAAAUACUUAGGGAUUUUCAACACUGGUCUGGGAGUGUUUCCUGACUUCAGCAAGAUUCAUUCUUCUGAUUUCAACUUCAUUCUUGAAAUUGCUGACCAUCCCUACAUAAAAUCGAUCCCUCCGAACGCUUUUCAAGGAGUGUCCAACGACUUGCUGACGCUGAUGCUUUAUAGCAAUGGGUUUACCGAAGUUCAACAGGACGCCUUCAAUGGGACAAGGCUGGAUGCAGUAUAUCUUCACAGGAACAGGCACCUGGCCAGAAUCAAUGAGAAGGCAUUUGCAGGGGUUAUCGGUGGACCCACUCUUCUUGAUGUCUCUCAGACAAGGGUGACCUCUCUACCAACAAAAGGUCUGGAGAACCUCAGGGAGCUGCUGGCACGAAACACGUGGACUCUCAAGAAACUGCCCCCAAUUAAGACGUUUCUGUACCUAAUGAGCGCUGAGCUCACCUACCCCAGCCACUGCUGUGGGUUUAAGAACCUGAAGAAAAGGAAAGGUUACCUAGAACUCCUCAUAUGCAACCUCAGCAAUUUCGCUGAGUUCCGACAGAGAAGGUCAGCAAGGGCUUUCAGAGUGCCCUCGCGCCCGGGCUAUGCUGAGGAGGACACAGACCUGGAGCCCGCUGUAUCACAAGACACCGCAGAGGCCAGUGAAUUCCACAGCAAGCGCCACAACUACGUUUAUAUCGAGGGGCAGCCCGACACAGAUGUUGGAUUUGGGGACACCCUAAAAAAUCCACAAGAAGACACUUACCAGGAUUUCGAGAGCCAGUAUGAUUACACGGUCUGCGAAGACGACGAAGAAAUUGUCUGCACUCCCGAGCCCGACGAAUUCAACCCCUGCGAGGACAUCAUGGGCUACAACGCCUUGAGAAUCACAGUCUGGUUCGUCAGCCUGCUGGCCAUUGUCGGGAACUUGUUUGUGCUGCUGAUUCUGCUAACCAGCCACUACAAACUGACCGUCCCGCGAUUUCUCAUGUGCAACCUGGCUUUUGCAGAUUUCUGCAUGGGAAUCUAUCUCUUGCUAAUUGCUUCUGUAGACCAUCAUACCCGGUCUGAGUACUACAAUUACGCUAUUGACUGGCAGACUGGCACAGGGUGCAACCUCGCUGGCUUCUUCACUGUCUUUUCAAGUGAGCUGUCUGUGUACACCCUGACCAUGAUCACUCUGGAGCGCUGGCACGCCAUCAGCUUUGCCAUGAGGCUGGACAGGAAGGUGCGUCUCAGCCACGCUUCCAUCAUCAUGCUGACUGGCUGGGUUUUCUGCUUCCUCCUGGCUCUGCUUCCCAUUGUGGGGGUCAGCAGCUACAGAAAGGUCAGCAUCUGCCUGCCGAUGGACACACACUCAACUGUUGCCGAAGUCUACAUCAUGCUGGUCCUGGUCAUGAACAUCGUUGCUUUCUUCGUGAUCUGCGUCUGCUACUUUAAAAUCUACUGGACAGUUCGCAACCCACACUACCACUCUGGAAACAAGGACACAAAGAUCGCCAAGAGGAUGGCUGUGCUCAUCUUCACUGAUUUCCUCUGCAUGGCUCCCAUCUCUUUCUACGCCAUGUCUGCAGUGCUGAACAAGCCGCUGAUCACGGUCUCCAACUCCAAGAUCCUGCUGGUGCUCUUCUACCCACUGAACUCCUGCGCCAACCCCUUCCUCUACGCCUUUUUCACCAAGGCCUUCCAGGGGGACGUGUUCAUCUUGCUGAGCAGGAUCGGCUUUUGCGAGCAGAAAGCGCAGCUUUACCGAGGACAGACCAUUUCCAGUAAAAGCAGUGCUUUGAGCAGCAAGCGCACCAGUGAGGGCACAGCACAGACGCUCAUCAAGCUGAAUGAAUAUCCGCACCGCAUGGCAACACAUGAAAAUCGCCCCCCACUGGCAAAGCGGCAGAAAGAUCCAGAAGACUACAUUCAGCACGCGCGUUCCCAAACAUCUGCAUGUUAGACCUCCUGCGCACUGGGCGAUCCUGCACUUGCGUUGCAUUGUGGCUCCGAGCUUUUCAUUCUUUCUGCUUUAUAUAGAGGGAACAAGCAACAAGAACAAAGAGAACUAGAAGGGAAUGAAAAGUGUGUGAUGAACGAUAUUAGAAGCAAAUCAAGCGAUUCAAGGUGAUUUUGUGAGAUCAAAAAGAAGAAGAGUAACUGGAAGCGAUGUUAUUACACUGAAGAAAGAAGACAAGGGCAAGCCAGUAUUUUGUACUGCACUUUGGCAUAUUAUUUGUUUCUAUGUUGGCUGUUGUAUAAUAAGUUGUAUUUAAAGCGGUCUGUCUUGAUGUAGAUCUACAAUAUUAUGUUUUACAAGAACUACUGAGUGGUUUUAAAUAGGCUCCUUUAAUACGGAUAAAUGUUUUUGCAAGUUUUCAGAUGAGCUUUUAAGUAUUGUUUAUAAACCGACUUUCAUUCACUGUGACCUGGAAGUAAUAAACGGAAUGAGGUCAUUUGCCCUUUCGCUCCCAGCUCAUUUGGUGAACAGUAGCUAAUUGAUCAGAGCAGAAAAUCUCAUCCAUGUUCUUACUGUAGGACUCCAGGGCAACAGGUUUGAAAGCAUAACUGAGCAGCUCAUUCCUGAUUGCUGCAACGCGGUGCAACAAUUUUAAUGCACUGCUUAUGUCAGCCCUUGAAAUUGUGGAUGAUUCAUUCAGAACAUCAGAAAGGCAAUAAGGUCAUUUCAGGACUUCUUGAAGUGUAUUUUAAUUUAUUUAAGGGCAUUAGGACUAUUUGCUGGCUUAAAUAUAAAUGUUCAGUAUAAAUCUAUGUGGAAAGCUUUUAGGAUACUUUUACCAUGGAAACUAAUUGGCCAGCACUGACAGGACCUGUUUAUCUUUAGACAUUUCUAAGUUCUUGAUUAAAACCUUUAAUCAAGAACUUAGAUUCGCAUGUUUUUCCCAAGUUUCAUUAGAUCGGCACUUUGUGUGUCUAAAGCCGUUAUGCUAAAAGCAUACAAAAAGGUUAACAUCUGCCUGUCGAUGGACACACACACACCUGCGUGUGUCCAUACAGCGCCACUCUCUACUAGGUUAUGAAGCAGCUCCUUUCUCAUUCAAGCCCCAGAGUGACCAACAGGUCUGCAGAUGUUCUGUCCAAAAGCAGGCUGGGUGGCCGGAUGGCACGUCCACCAGCAGUCCAGCAGAUCUAUUUCUGACACAAAUGAAGAGUGUUCACUGAGCUUAUUUGGCCAUUAUUGCUGCUUUCUGUAAAUUCCGCAAGUUUCUGUAAUUUUGAGAUUUGAACAAAUACACCACUUGGAAGUCAUCUAAACUUCUGCUGAGCUUGAAUAAUGGGCGGCACACAUGCAGCUGAAUAAAUUGUGAACUUGCAUGUAAAUAAAGCCUGUCUG